AGAUAUAAAUGCGCAGUUUUUCGAAUGAUGCAAAUAGUUCGUAAAUUUUAAGUUCGAAUUUUAAAUAAUUCUCACGAAAAAUUAAAACUCCAUGCUUUUAGAGGUGACUGUGAUAAAUUCAUAAACAUGCAGUGAACGAUAAAAGAAAUUCAGAGAGUCAUCGAAUGUUAUUUUUAAAAGGAACAACUAAAGAAGAAUUAAAUCAGUUUGUGGUACGGUGACACGUAAUACUCAAAGUUGCAUAGACAGUUCUUCUAUCUUGCAACAGUCGCGCGUAACAGCUCUUCUGUAAAGUCACUUCUCAUUAAGUGACGUGAAAUUACUUUGUAAAGAUGGCAAACAUGAAUAAUACGCUUAAAAAGGACGCCGAGAAUCACGAAUGCCUUUUGAAUAGUACAACAGAAGUGCGAGCAAGUGAAAAUUCAGAUGAAUAUGAAUAUGUGAAACUAUUGCGGAAUACAUUCGACCGGAAUUUAUUUCCAAACGAAUUCGAUGAGUGGACAGUGAGCCAAAGAUAUGGAUGGAUAAAUAAGAAUCUCUCCAAAUUUUAUCCAAACGUGCCAGAAUCUUUAUUAGAAUUCAUUCCGGCUUUCUUUCGUGAUGGGGAUUGCGGUCGAUCACCAGUGGAGAAACCCGACUGGUUGGACAUGGAGAAGUAUCGAAGAGGGCAAAAAUUCGUGCAGGAUUACUUAAUUGGAAUUUUCAUGACCAUAGCGUUCUUGCUUUUACCUGCUUUUACCUUCGAAACUAAUCUAAAUCCAAUUAUCCUAGGUGACCGCGCACAUACGCCAUAUUUAGGAUUCAAAAGAUAUUUGUCGACUAUACAUCGAAUGAUGAAUUGGUUCAAUGGAGAACCUUGGAUCAGAGGAACGGCUGCUUUCAAGGAUAUGCAAUUUACACGUAAAAUGCAUGUAAUAACAAGAGACAAGCUAUCUCGGUUUGACAAUCAUGAAAUCGACGACGCGUGCAAAUUUGAGAAUCCAUGGUGCCCGGAUCGCAAAUUGCUCCUAAAAGAUUUCGCCGAAGCGUGUCCAUUCGAGAAGAUCGGGCAACGUCCCCAUAAGUCAUUCAUCAAUUUGCCGUUCAAGCGGAAAUAUAUAAACAACGCUGACAUGGCAAUGAUUCAGUGCAGCUUCAUAAGCUUCAUUUUGCUCUAUCCGCAAGAAUUUGGAGUGCACGGUGCAACCGAUGAGGAUCUCGAGGCUUUCUGUCAUAUCUGGAGGUGUUACGGAUAUUUCCUCGGAAUGGAAGAUGAAUACAACUUCUGCCGUGGUAGCCUCGAGGAAAUAAAACAACGCUCGAGAGAUUUCUUUCAAUAUUGGGUAAUCCCCAAUUUCAAAGAAGUGACACCCGAAUGGGAACACAUGACGAGAUGUGCCAUCGAACCGUUUAAUUAUUUCUCCUUCAUGUAUAUUUCUUAUAAGGCCGCGAUAUUGCUUAUUACAGAUUCAUUUCAUAUAAACAUGCCGCGUUUACACGCGUCGCUUAACUAUUCAGACUGGAUAUCUUACAAGAUAAUGAAAUUUGUGUUGCGUUACGCUUUGAAAUUAUCGAUCAUAAGAUCAUUUUUUAAUAACGUACUACUGAAUGUACUGAAUCAGAGCAUGAAUUGUAGCCCUGAAAAAGAAGCGGAAUUUCAUAAGCAAUCUAAGAAGCAAGUGCAAGAUUUUUCUGUCAGAAUUUAACAGUAAAAUAUUAAAAUAUUUCUUUAAACUCUAAGCGCUUUCUAUAAACCGUUCAUAUAAAGAACAUAAUGAAACUUAUACAUGGAUGGAAUGUUAAAAAAUAAAUAUAAAAAAAUAAAAUAUUCUUGAAAUUUGUA